AUGGGGAAGUUUAAAAAACUCCAACAGCUGGCUAAGGAAGAGAAGAUGGAAGUGGAUAGCAGCGAGGAAGAAGGAACUGCUACGGAUGAGGAGACUUCUGAAGAUGAAGGAAUGACCGUUGAGCAGAAGGCCGAGGAAAGGAAACGAGCCGUCCUUUGGACAAACCGCGAACGAGUUCUGGUACUCUGUUCACGUGGUGCCGAUGCUCGCACGAGACAUCUGAUGAAUGACAUCAAGGUGUUAUUGCCUCAUGCAAAGGGAGAUUCUAAACUCGAUAAGCAGAAAUCUUUGGUGGUCAUCAAUGAGAUCGCCGAAAUGAAGAACUGCACAAAAGUUUUAUAUUUUGAAAGUAGAAAACAUAAGGAUAUUUAUCUAUGGAUGAGCAAUGUUGAUGAUGGUCCUUCGGUAAAGUUUCUUGUGCAUAAUAUGCAUACAAUGAUGGAAAUGAAGUUGUCCGGUAACUGUCUAAAGGCAUCUCGCCCGAUUCUUUCAUUCGAUAGUAAAUUCGAUGAGGAACCACAUUUGACGCUCAUAAAGCACGCCCUAAUGCAGGUAUGA